UGUGAAUACGAUCAAUUACGAUGGCAAUACGACAGCGAAAAAAAAGUUUAGAAGAUAGUUUCGCGCCAAAAUGUGACAUAUUAUGUGUGCGAAUGUCAGCUGAUGUUUUGAUCAUUUUUAUUUUGUUGCGAAAACUGAAAUUAUUAUAGUAAAUAGCUCGUUAAAUACAGUUUUUGUUAGUUUUCAUUAUUUUGUAUCAUUCAUGGCCCGAACAAAGGCUUCAGUGGGUGCUAAAGUUGCAUCUGGGAAAAGCAGCAAGGCUCGAUGCAGCGUAGCGCCAUUGGCUAGCAGCAGUGGUGGUUCUGGAAGCGGUGAUAAAGCUUCCCGAAGCGGCUCUGGCGGCGGUAACUCAGUCUGCCACCGAGAGACUCCAAAGUGGCAGAAACCAAUCACAAACUUCUUUAUUUGCAAAGAUAACAGUCGCACUAAAAACGAUUCCGAUACUGAAGAAUGUGACGAGGCUGCUGCCGGCAGUUCGAAGCCAAAACCUAAACGGAACGUAAUCGAAUCAGAGGACGAAGAUGAAACUGAAAGACCAACUAACAAUGUUCUGGAUGAAACUAUCGAAUUGGAGCCAUUAACGGGCGAAAACAGCCACAAAAUUGACGAGUAUUACAACAAAAAUUCAAAAGGGAAAGGCGUAGGGAAGAAAACUAAAGGCAAAGAGAAUAUCGAUGCCAACACUGAAAAGAGAAACUCGGUGAAAAGGGAACUCGAAGAAUUGACGCUGGAAGAGGAAAGCUUACCGGCCACAAAGAAGAUGAAAGUGAAUUGAUCUGACAAACGUACCUCUUAGUCGUAAGUAUUGUUUAAACCACUGUUAAUACCAACAAUUUUGUUGUAUGUUACUUGGGUUACACAUCAUUUAUGUCCGUUUUCACCAUCUCUAAUUUUUAAGUGACCCCUAUGUAAAUUACCACCAUAAUACAGGGUGGAAACGAUAAGUGAUCAAACAUGAUUAUUUCUAAACUAUACAAGAUAUCCAAAAACUGGUUACUGAUCCUGAAAGUCCUUCACGAGCUCU